AUGAAGAAGGCGGCGGCCAAGGACAAGCCGGCCAAAAACGGGUCUACCAAAUCCCACCGCGACUCGUUGACGCACGCCGUCCAUGCCGACGAGGCCGACGCGCCGCCACCGACGGCGCUGCGCGUGGCUGACACCUCGGAAGAUGUCGUGCUCUCGGUCAUGGACAUUGUUGUCGCUGAGACGAUGGCCGCGAUUCCGCACCACGAGCGCGUGGCCUUUACGGUCGAUGCGGUGGUCACAUUGGCGUACACAACCGUGCACAUGGGCUGCGACGUGACGUACGACGACGAACUCUCGUGGAUCGGGUCGCCCGAGCCCGAGGUCUGCGCCGGCCCCAUCGACCGCUACGCCGUUCUGUCGCUGCCACGCAAAGACACGAGCACGCGCCCGCCCAAGCACUUUGCCACUGCAAGCGACGGCUCCCGCAGUCUCUCGCGCACGCACUCGGAGCGGUCGAAUUCCCGCACGGGGAAGCGGCCAUUGGCGCUCGGCGGCACCGCAGCACCCAUCGAAGCCGCACCAACGGCGGCUCCCAAAGAGAUACCCCGCGUCACACGCAUCCACUACCCGUCCGAAAUCAUGACCGAGGACCGACGGCGGUGGCGGCAAGAGUGCAUGGACCGGUUGACGGCCACGGCGCAGACAAAAGCGCGCUGGGGUCGGGUGGCGUUGAUCCGGCGCGUCAUCAAUACGAUUCAGACGGACCCCGAUAGCAUCACCGAGCUCGAUACAAGCGCCGUGCCGCCACCGACAGCGCUCGAGACGACGGCCGUCGCGACGGUCCUCGAACGCAACCAGCCAGACGACACGGCGACCUUGUAUAUACCCACGUCGCGCGAAAGCACGGUGCUAGACGACGCGUCGGUCAAAGGGGACGAUGUGUCGGUCAAGACGGGGCGGCAUGGGAAAAGCCGGAUGCAGCGAUCCGGGUCGCUGGAGCCGCCGCAUAUCAAGAAGCCACCAAAAACCGCCAACUGGUUCUACGACAAGACGACCACGGAGAACGAACUCAAGGAGAGCGAGCAUGCGUACGAGCCACUCAUGUCGGAAUUUCAGCGGGACAAAUUUCCCCAGUCGAUCGAGCUCAACGCCGGCGUGACGCUGAUCCACGGGGUGUCGGUGUACACGGGGCCGCAACGACAAGAAUCGCCCCAAUCCAUGUCUCGAAAAGGCUUUCGGAAACACCUGAGUUUGCCGCAAAGUGGCCCCAACAAGGUCAAAUUGACAUCGCUCUCGUCGGCGUCGCCGACGUUCUCGGAGAUACAAGACACGGACGCGAGUCCGAACGUGUCGCCCCGGUCCGAAUUCUCGAUCCACACGACCCCGCGAAGGAGUACCCUCAGCGAUGGCUCCAAUCGACCCAACCUAAACUCACCCGACGCUGUCAAAGCGCGACCAACCAAGACACCGCUGCAUCAGCACAGCCCCGCAAUCCGCGUUGGCGUCUUGGACAUUCCAAAAAAGCGACCUGCAACAGCACUCGGCGCGCUCCUGAGCCUCACGCCCUCGACGGGUUUCACCAAACGCUCCACGAAGUCCAAAUACAUUCGGGAAUUCCCGAAACCCAAGCCCGAAGUUGUCACCGUGCUCAAAGACGAGCCGCAGCGGAUGGCAUGGCUUGGCUAA